CGACUGUGCUUUUCCUCCGUGGAGGGCAUUGACGGACAAGUGGUGUGACUGCUGUCCCGGGCGGCUGCGAACGCGUUGUCCUUGAGUCGGGGACUUGCUGAAAGCUCCGCGGCGGCGCGCCGGGAGGUGUCGCGAGCCGAGCCCUGCCCGUCCACUCCAUGCCGGGUUGGAGGCUGCUGGCGCAGUCUGGCGCCCAGGUGCUGGGCCGUGGCGCCGGAGGCCUAGGUGCUGCCCCGGGCUUAGGGAGUAGAACAAACAUCUGGCUCUUUGUUAGAAAUCUCCAAAGCAAGAGUAGUACUUGGUGGGAUGAGCAUCUUUCUGAAGAAAAUGCCUCAUUUGUUAAACAACUGGUCGCUGAUGAAAAUAAAGCCCUAUUAGCAAGUAAACUUAAUCCCCUGAAAGAUGAGCCGUGGCCUUUACAACCUUGGAAACCAGGUUCUUCCAGAGUUGGCCUUGUCGCCCUGAAGCUGGGCAUGAUGCCUUUGUGGACCAAGGACGGUCAAAAGCAUGUAGUCACAUUGCUUCAGGUACAAGACUGUCAUGUGUUGAAAUACACUCCCAAGGAAAACCAUAAUGGAAAAACAGCAGCCCUAACAGUAGGCGGGAAAACCGUGUCACGCCUCUAUAGACGUGAAUCUAUAUUGGAAUUUUACCAAGAACUUGGACUGCCACCAAAACAGAAAAUUAAAAUCUUUAAUGUGACAGAUAAUGCUGUAAUUAAGCCAGGGACUCCUCUUUAUGCUGCUCACUUUCGCCCUGGACAGUAUGUGGAUGUCACAGCCAAAACUAUUGGUAAAGGUUUUCAGGGCGUCAUGAAAAGAUUUGGAUUUAAAGGCCAACCUGCUUCCCAUGGUCAAACAAAGACCCACAGGAGAGCUGGAGCCACCUCAACGGGGGAUAUUUCCAGAGUCUGGCCUGGAGCUAAAAUGCCUGGGCAAAUGGGAAACAAGGACAGGACAAUGUAUGGACUGAAAGUGUGGAGAGUGAACACGAAGCACAACAUCAUCUAUGUAAACGGCUCUGUGCCUGGCCAUAAGAAUUGCCUAGUAAAGGUCAGAGACUCUACGCUGCCUGCAUACAAGGAUUUCUGUAAAAGCCUGCCAUUCCCCACCUACUUUCCCGAUGGAGAUGAAGAAGAACUUCCAGAAGACUUGUUCGAUGAGAACGUGUGGCAGCCCAACGAACCUUCUGUCACAUUCUCCUGAGGCCCUGGUGCAGCGGGACUUUCUGUCCCUGCGCACUUUGAUGAGCCAGCGCAGGAGCAGAACCAGGAAUUGGAAUCAUGCUCCCUGAUCAGUCAUAGCACACUCCUGUUUACCAAAGGACACAGUGUGUUACUUUGCCCUAGAUUGAAUCUGAUUAGCAAAGUUACUACAUUAAAGAAACCAGUCACAUAGAUUAGAUUUGUUAAGAUAGACAGUAAAGAACAAGAUGUUUGUCAUUUGUAGGUGUCAUUCUUUAGACACUUUCCCCAGUUUUGUUUUGUGGUGUUUUGUUUUUAUAAACACAACUUUUAUUAAAGAUUUAUCUCUCUUAAA